GUCAUUUCAAAAAUGCAUGAAAAAAACAAUUACCAAGUUAUAAAAUUUUCAAUAAUAAGAAAAUAAAAUUAAUCUUAAAAUAUUGAAUAUAUUAAUGUAAACAACACUUAAUUAAAAAAAAUGUCUUCUUCUGAACCCCUCAUAGAAAGUGUUAAAGUAAAACAAGAAAAGCUUGAUCCAGAAAUCGAGCAAAAGCUAAACCCAAAACUUCUGCUGCCGGAUUCGACAAAUUUGCAAGAUCCUGAUGGAGAAACCCAAGUGGACGACGAGAAGAAAAAUAUCGCUCCAGUCAAAUCGUCAAAUGAAAUCCUUGCUGAACUUUUUAUGGUAUUUAAUGCAACCCCCCCUGAAGAAUUGUUAAGCAUAGAUAAAGUUUCAAGGAAAUCCAAAAAGGAACACAAGAAGUCUAAGCACAAGAAAAGUAAAAAACGAAAGCGAAAAACCGAAGAUAACUGUGAUAAAUCAGACAAUGAAAAUGAGUCCCUUGAAGCUGGUGGCAGCAAAGUUAAGCGUGAAAAACACAAACACAAACACAAGCAUAAGAAAUCGAAGGAAAAGGACGAAGACAAAAUAAUAGCUGCGUCUGAUGGCACUGUAAUUAUGGCGGCUGAUUCCUCCUCGUCUAGCAAAAUAAAACAAUCCAUUAAAAAAGAACCUUCAGAUGAAGUUGAAAUUAAAGUUGAAAAGUCUCACAGCAAACGUGAAACUCGCAGCAGAGUCGAGAAGCGUCUCAGCAAAUGCACCCGAGUCGAGGAGGGUUCUGAUAUUUCCCUCUCAGAUGAGGAAACAUACCUGCGUGAACGAAGUCAUUACAGAGACAGGGACACCACUGAAUCUACUAGUCGGUCAUCGAAAUACGAACGCCAGCGGAACUCCUUCUACAGAAGCAGCAACAGUUAUUACUCGGGAGAUCGUAUUGAGAAAAAUCACCAACGUCAUCAUCACCAUCACCAACGAUCCCGAUCUAGAUCUCGCCACAGAACUCGCACUAGAUCGCGGUCCAAGGAAAGAUCCAGCUUGGGAAUCGACAAGAAACGCUUACUAGAGAUAGCGCGAAAGAACGCUAUUACCAUGUUCAAAAGCGGCUCUCUGCCUGGCUGUGAUGGCAUGAGCGAAGAAGUUAAGGACAAAGUGCUCAUGAAGAUGCGUUAUGGUGGCAAGACGGUGCAAGAUCUGACAAAUUUUUGCAAAAAACUAAGCAAAGGUGAGAACUACGACGAUCUAUCGGAGUUCUCAUCCGAUGAGCAGUCUGAUGUUGAUAAGCAAGGAAAUGCCAAAGCUUUCCACCAUCCAUUCGUCCUCAAGGAUCGCGAGCCCAUUGUAAUGCAUAUUAAAAACGCAACCCCCAUUGCACCAAAGACAGCUGAUCAAAAGAAAGCUAUAACUAUGCAGUUUCCAGUUUCGUCUGGACAGCAACAUCGACUCACAGAAGGCUGGGUGCCUGUCCCUGCAAAGGAACCCAAACCACCGACACCUCCACCAUCUGUUGCAAAACAAGUUCUUUCCAAGCCUAUAGGUGUCCCAAAAAAUGUUUUUCAAAAACAACUACCGGUGGUGGAGCAACAGCCUGCAUUUAAACCAGCUGCGGCCAAUGAAAUAGCUACGAAUGUGGCCGAGAGUGUGGCAACAACACCUAGAGAAGAUUUAAUUACAGUGCCACCAUAUUUACCACCAAUUGUGCCACCAAUUGCGCCACCAAUUGCACCACUGAUUGCACCACUGAUAUCACCACCAAUCGUACCACCAGUCGCGCCAGUUGUUGCAAUGGAAACAAGCCAAGUUGCUCCAGCGCCGGCUAUUUUUCCAGUAGCUGCUUCCAAUAUGGAUGUCUCGACCAUAAUCAGUCAGAGACUAAGUGCAAUGCGGCGGCUGCAAGAGAACCCAAUGGAUUGUGAAGCAAUAAAAAUGAUGUACACCUCUCAGAAAGAGAUGACUUCAUGGGCAUCGUCAAAGAACAUGCCUGGACAAUUUACUGGCAGCACUGGUGCAAACAUUCUUUCGGCCCGCGAACUUACCAAAGGCACACAGGCAUGGGCUCGCAAAGACCAAUUGACUUCAACUGUUCCAGUUAGUGGUGGCAUGGGAAUGCAUCUUCUAAAGAAAAUGGGCUGGAAACCAGGUGAAGGACUUGGCCGCGAAAAAACCGGAUCUCUGCAGCCACUUCUACUAGAUGUUAAGUUAGACAAGCGAGGCCUUGUUGCAGACGAAGAAGUUAACAAUGGAAUUCGACAACAACAGGCAGCCAACCCGUCAAAACGGAAAAAGAACACUAACAACGGUAGCCAAGCGACUGCUAAACAAGCCAUCGACAGUAAACAUCCUGUUUGUCUACUGAAUGAGUUGUCUUCGAAGAGAAAAUGGACACCACCCAUGUAUGAAUUAGUAUUGGAUGAAGGUCCAUCUCACAGCAAGCUUUUUGUAUUUAGUGUUAAUGUAAACGGACAGGUAUUUAAUCCGGGAACUGGGGGAAACACCAAGAAGGAAGCCAAAAUGUUAACAGCUAAAUUUUGCCUCCAACAAAUGGGUGUUCUGUCUUAAAAACGAACACACAUAUACAGUUAACUAACAAUAAACGGCAUCGUUUUGUAAAUAACUAAUCAAUCUAGGAUAGCUGUAAAAAUACAAGACACGCGGCUGGUUUCUGUGAUGUUGAAUCUUAGAAGUUGAUGUUGUUUUAGGUACUUAUGUAUGUAUGUAUUAUCUACUAACGUUACUUUCUUAUGUAGUUAUCUUAAUAAAGUUGCAUUUUAACGACAUGCAAAAGAGGAUUUCGAAUUGCUUGGUUGUGCAUCAUA